AUGCCUGAAAUUGUUGAAACUAAUAAUUCAUUUGAAGAAAUUGAUACAAAUUACGACGGAAAAAUUGAUAAAGAUGAAUUUCGAAAAUGGGUUUCAAAUAAUGAAGGAAUGUCUUCUACAACGUAUGAAACGUCGACUAGUGGCGUGUAUCUUCGUGAUACUAGUGAUAGCCGAUUGAAUCGAAGCAAUUAUGAAACAUCGGCAAUAGCUAAAGACUGGAAGAAUGCAUCGGUGAUUGAAACAAAUAGUUUGGAAGAGACCAAUGAAUAUUUUGAACGAGCAGGUAAUAUUUAUAAGGAUUCUAAUCCAUUAAUUAUUCGAAAAGCAAUAACGGAUAAACCGAUAACAUAUCGACAGCGAGUUCUUGUUCGAUAUCUUCAACCACCAGCGGUUCAACCACCAGGACCACUCGUUAUUAAAGAAGUGCGUGCACCUCAACCAGCACCACUUCCACCACUUAUCAUACGUCAAUAUAUGCAACCUGCUGUUACACCACCGCCACUUAUCUUACGUGAACGACCACCAACACCACCACCAGCUAUUCCUAGUGAAACAGGUUUAAAAAAAUAA